AUGAAUGCCCCAAGAGACCAAUGCCGAGCCAUCACGGUCCGUCCCUUGUUGACUGCGGCUGAACUCCCUACAUAUCUCAUCCUGGCAUCGUCUCAAUCUCUCUUCCGCACCAGAUUGCUAACGUUUUCUUGGCAUGUAUGUAUGGAGCAUGGUCUAAUACCUGUCACACAGACAUUACAGACCCGAUUGCCGUGUCUGAGUGACUCAGAUACCUCCUCUCACCUAGACACCUUGCAGAUGGCGGUUUCAUAUCCCAUCGUGACCCUUCCAAUACCCGCCAACACCAUUCAGCUCAUGCAGCUCAUCACCCAAUAA